UCUUUUUUAUUAACAGCACCCAGAUUUGGGGCCUAAAGUACUUGAUAACUUCCUGGAGGCAGGGGGUGGAGAUGUAAAAUGGUGCCUGUUUUUAGGGCAUGUCUUCACUCCAGUCUGGAUCAAUGGGCAGCAAACGCCAGGUGCUCUCCGUUGACUCCAGUGUUCCACCAAAAUGAGAAGAGUAGGCGGAGUGAACGGGAGAGUAUCAGCUGUUGAAAUACCACUGUGAAGGUUCCGCGGCAAGCAGAUCUAAGUACAGUAACUUCUGCUAUGUUAUUCAUAUGGCUGAAGUACAGCCUGUGGCGGUAUAGACAAAGCCUUAGAGUGCUUUUUCACAGGGAGUCUCAGUCCAACUGUCAGAAAACCCUCCAGCACUUGUAAGCGUCUCAAUCGUCUGGCUCUUCCCAUGCUGUUCCUUUGUGGAGUGCCCACAGUUAUGCAACCUUCUCUGGCCCUAGCAGGGACUGUCGUACAGAAGAUGGAGUCAGAGCAACUGGAGAGACUGCGUCAUGCAAACCAAGACCUUCUAGAAAGGCUCAAGGCGAAGCAGGAAGAAAUCAAGAAAGCACUUCCUCGCAAGCUGCUAUCAGCAACCUCGCUUUCCAAAAGAACAACGUUCGCAGAGAGAUCUGUUCCUCUUCCUAAGAGAGGGAAGGAGAAUCACAUCCACGCUACGAAGGGCGCAGCGGACCCUGCGGGGUUAACCUCUGUGGAACCCGGAGCCAGCACAGCCAGGGCAGCCCUUCGUUCACCAUUGAAACCCACAGCAUGCAGCAGGGAGAGGAGAGGGAUGCUGCACCUCCGAGCUGGGCCGGAGCUGGGCUCCCCUAAGGCAGAACGAAGCUUCACACCAGUAGCUGCCACCGCCAGAGAAACCUCCAGAAUGGCUAGAAGCAGCAAUGGCUUGAGAAGGCCAGAGGAAGAAUCCAUCCUUGUGAAACAGAGAGAGAGCAGAAAGCAAUCUACCUUCCUCCACAGUCCCCAGCAGAGGGGCAAGCCAAGGGCUGAGGCAAAGUCAGUGCCGGGCAGGACCCCAACGGAAGGGAACAGCCGGCGGCGAGCGGCUAUUAGAGACCCCCAGACUCCCAAAUCAAUCCUGCUAACACCUCAGGGUAAAGAACCCAAGGAAGCCAGCCAUGUGACUUUUCUGUCAGACCCUGAGGAAUACACCAUCCCUGCCACUAGCUGGUCAGUGCGUCCUUUCUUGGGCUACGACUGGAUUGCAGGGCUGCUGGACACGGACUCAUCGCUGUCUGAGAAAUCGGAGCAGUACUUUUCCGAACUCAGGGAGUUCCGGCAGGUGAACAAGGAAGCAUGUGUCCAUGAGCAAGACCUGGGGCUCGAGGCAUCAGAUUCCUUGGCUCCUUCGCAAGAAGCAGAUUGCAUUUCCAGUUCCCAUCAGUGUGUUUAUUGCUAUCGGUUAAAUAGGCGCCUCUUUACCGUCCCUGUGGAUUCUGGGUCUGCCUGCCCCGUGUGCAAGACCCCGCGAGCCCGAAGGCCUCCAGAGACACUGGAAGAACCAGCCUACGUCAGGGUCAGCAUUCCCAGGUCCACCCUCCUGCCUGCCUAUAAGUUCAGAAUCCAUCGCAGGAAGAGCUUUGAACCAACGGACAAUCUGGCUUUACCCUCGCACUGCCUGGCCGGCUGGGAGAACGUCGUCCCCUCCACCAGCCCCACACUUAGUAGUCUGGAUCUGCGAACUUCACUGGAACAAAAACCCACUGACCCAUCUCACCCGACCUUGGCGUCCCGGAUAUCAGGAGGAACCAGGACGGACCAGCUCUUAAAUCUGUCCCGCUCAGCUCAUUUCAGACUUAGCCAUGCUCAGCAGAGAGCUCGAGACCAGUCACUAUACUACAGAGCAACUCUGAAUUAAAGUCCUAUUGUCUCAACCAUGUGAGCUGCGGACCUGAUUACCUCCCCAGGCGCCGUGUGGGAUAUUGGGAAUGAGCAGAAAUGACGGUGUUUGCCUGAAAACGAGCCUUUAGAGGAGAGAUUUUUCUGAGCCCUGCGAGUGCAAAUGCCCUCACAAAAAUCCAUUAGAAUCACACAAGUUGCAAUUAGCCAGUUGCGGAAAGUUUUGCAUCUAACUGGCCAUUUAUGCACGCAGUCCCUGCAGUUGUGUGCAUAUUUGUACUUUCCCAACCAGGGGUAUAAAUUGAAUGUACAGCGAACGUUGACUGUACAUGGUCAGUUGCGGUAAGAGACAUCUGGUAGGCUGAAGAAAACAGGAUGACUAGUACUGAUCCCUGUAACAGAACAGCCAUAGGGGAUGUUGCAGUAGACAUAUAGAGAGAGUUCAUCCAUUCAGCACAUAAGAGCACUAAGGCUGACUCAUCAAACCCAGGAUUCUGACUCUCUGAACAAGGAGUUAGGACUCUGAGCUGCAUGGCACAGCAUGAGGUAUGCAAAGAUGCUCAAUUUCAUGCUUCCAGGAGGCUUGGGACUCAACUUCUUACGUUACGCAAGAAUGACUGUGUUUUAGUUCCAGUUAGAAACACGUAUUUCGAUUUGCACAUUAUCUUUCAACAAAGGAAUUGGUGAAUCGUAGUUAACAUAGACCUGCUGGAGAGGGGGGGAAUGAUUAGCCAAGAAAAAGGUGUUUUGUGAAUCACAAGGCCACAGAAUGCCUUAGAAUGUUCUGAAGUUUUGUUUGCCUCUGAUUGUAAAAGGCUGGGAAGGCAUCUUGACAACCUGCUCAUAGAAUUUUUAAUUGCAUUGAAAUAAUUGUGUGUUUUGUGGUGUGCUUUUAUUUUUUCUUUUGAAAACAAGAAAGGAGUUUUAUAUUUUCUCCUAUAACACCUGAAAUGUAGGAAUUCUACAGAUUGUAGUUAAGUCUUCUUAACACAGAAGAGUACUUAGAAACCUUGCUCCAAAUUUAUCCCUAAGGUGUAACAUAGGGAUGUAAAAUCCCAUUUAAUUAGUUAACCGGAAGCAGCAGCCCCAUGGAGAGCCAUGGGUAAGGGGCUGCUCCCCAGGUACUGGUUAACCAUUACCUGUUAAGCAUCACUCAUUAAGGGUAAUGCUUACCAAGUAACUUGGUAACAGUUAAUAUCCCUAGCACAACACCAUUGACUUCUUUGGGCUUACAACAAGAGAUGUGUUGGGCUUAUUGUCUAUUAAUGUUCAGAACUUACUACAGGUACAAAAUAUAGGUUGUGAAUUUUUCUAAAAAGCAGACAUUAAUUUUGCAAGGCUACGCAUGUAAUAAUAUUAAUGUUUAACGUUUUUUUAAUAUGAAGCAUUCAUUCCUCUCUAGUGUUGGAAGUUUAGAUGUGGUUGUGUUGGGCGACUAGAUGAGAAAUAGAAAAUUAAACUGACUUGAAAUGGAAAGUGCAACCAAUCACUUUAGUUUCAUUGCCUCAAUCUGAAUGCAGUGCGAGAGAGGGUCACUGUCCCAUAUAUCAAAUAUAAUGCAAAGCGUGAAGUUCUUUCCAUUUUUGGAUUACAGAAACUAGAACUACCCCACAGAUGAGUACAAAUUACAGCAGUAAAACUUGAUUAGGAGAGCUUAUUAUAGGAGAGACUCCUUAAAACCUUUUCACCUCCAAGCCAUCAAAUCAUAAAUCCUUUCCCAGUUCCUCUCUGCAAUGUAUAUAGUGUUACCCCUCCACUGGUCCAUUCCACACACCACCACAUCUACACCAUGUCCAUGUAACUGCUUCUGUUAAACCUCCAUCCACAUACCUUAUCCCCAUAUGUCUAAUGGGGAAAGCGGAAGCCAAGGAAGGUUAAGUAACUUCUGCAAGGCCACAGAGCACAUCAGUGGCAGAACGAGGAUUACAACUUAGGUUGCCUGGCUCCCAGGACUAUGCUCAUUCAUUCCUACAGACCAUGCUGCCUUUUUAAAUAGAUGAGUGAACUCUUUGGCUCCAUCUGGCAACCAGCUAUGUCUGGGAGACCAAGGGAUUCUGUUAGUGUCCUGCUGCAUAUCAGCAACCUGUACUGGACGCCAUGAAAGGGAAGCCAGCUUCCCAAAAUACACUUGACCAUGUUCCCUGGUACGUAGAACUGGGCUCUGCCGAACCGAAAGGAAGCCAGGCACAGGGAGUUCCGAAGACGUUAGCUGGCACAUGUGUUCUAUAGAAUGGCAGCUGUUUGAUGGCCUUUUGUGAUGUUGCUAUGGGAGCAAGUAAAUAUCCCCUACUAGGUUCCAACACGUCCAGGUGGACUCUGUGCAUCAGGGAUUUUAUGAUCCAGCCAGAGUAUUUGUCCUGCACUAACCUGCAUGGAAGAGGGACUGAAUAUGUUGCUCUUCCUGAGCUUUGAGCUAUGGUUGCUAGAGUGUGUUAGUGGUGCCAGCAUACAACAGACUGUAGGUAAUUGUGACUAUUGAUAUUUGAAUUGUGCCUACAAACUCUGCUCAUGGACCAGAACCUCAGUGGGCUAAACACUGUACAAGAACAGAAUAUUCCCAGUCUCAAAGAGCUUACAAGUUCCAGCAAAGUCAGGUGGAAGGUGAUUUUAUUUGAUCAUUAGUGUCCAACUGAUGCUCUAGUCAGGGCCUGUAUGGCACUGGGGAUUAGAAACUGACUACAGACCCUCUAGGUAUAUCUAGGUGACUAACUCGAAUGUAGCCCAGGUCUGUGAAAGAUGUUACCAUCCCAUGGCUGUUGGGUGAGGUCAUGAAGCAAGUCAAUGGGCCUCAGACCAGUUCCGGAAGGAGGUGUGACAACAUCACCAAGAUGACCAUCCCAGUUAAACUCUGUGCGUAGUCUUAGCAGAGUGGCCACCGCUGUGAGGUGAUCACUCCAGAUCAGAGAUGAGGCAAAGUGGCAGAAAGUUUUACUGCCUGAUCUGACAGACAUUUUCCAUCUACCCGGCUUUCGCCUUUUACCAUUUUUGUCAUCGCAAAGUUCUUUGGCCCUUUUCACGGAACCUGAUUCAAUCCUGUUGCAGUAUAAUAAGUAGUGGUCAACAUGCCCAAACCAAUCCACUAGCUGUCUGAGGCCUUGUCUUCACUCUGCAAGGAUAUCGACCUUGCUAUGAUUGAUCUUCCAGAGUUUGAUUUAGUGACUCUAGUUAAGACUCGCUAAAUCGAACUCAGAAGGUGCCCCCACUGGUGUCUGGUACUCCUGCUUUUGUGAGGAAAGGAAAGCUGGUGUCCGCCUUCUGUUGUGGGGACGUUGCCAAGCUUGGUUUAAGGUAAACCGACUUCAGCUGCGUAUGCUACAUUGUGUACCUUAAGCCAAGCUGCCAGGUCUAGUGUAGACCUGGCCUGCAAAUACGCUCUCACAAAGCGAGUGUACUUGCCACAUUAAGACAUUAUCUCAAUUACAUAUUUCAAAACCCUCGUCUCUUUCUUCCCAGUUCUAAGUACUGUCCUUCUGAGCAAAAGUGCCCAUUCCUGCAUUCACUGCCAUCAGUGGGAGCUGUGCCACUGACUCCCAGAAGCAUAUCAUCAUACCAGAUGUGUAGCCUAUCGCUGCUCUCCCAGGAUCAUCUGCCAUUUACGAUGCUUCCCCCUCCCAAAAUUUGUUAGCACUUUGCCUAUCUUCAAAUGGCUCUGUUUCCCGUCCCCUCUGCCCAUGUGUCUGAUUUGACUCUCUACAGGGGAUCAGCUUUUCCACUGGAACAGUUGGCAGCCCUGGGUCUGCAUGUGCGAGUUACACAAACAGGCGCGAAUACGGCACUUUGUGGUUUCGGCUGAAAACAUCACAGUGAACCUUAAGGCUAGUGAAUUCUGGGAGGAAAAGGCCUGCUCCUUGCAGGACUGCAUCAUGUGCAAGCCCGAGGAGUGUCCAGGCAGCCCGAGGAUAUCGGGCUUCUUGCCCGAAUUCGAACAUCUCUCCAUUUCAAAGCCCAGCAACACUAAUCCACCUACCGCGAGCGCCAGUGACUUUGCAUCGUAUGAGAGUCUCCCGGUUGUGGAUGACACCGGUGAGAAGUAAUGGCAUAGCAGGCAGUGAUGUGUAACUUGCUGGUGCUCGGGCUCUCCUCUGCCGUGACAGACCGGACAGGCACACGGAUGGCUUGACGAGGAGGGCUGCAGAGCACAUGACGAGAAGCCGCGGAAGGAAUACGCUCUGCUGGAGCGACUGCUUGAACUGGACUAGAGAAUCCAGGCUGGGGGACUAAGGGCAGCAUUGAAUGACUAAGAACGCCACGGCAGCUGACAGCCACAGCGGCUGGGUUUGAAUAAAGUUUAAUGGAGACGUAACCCUCUUUGGAAAGCUCACUUUUCAUUUCCCCAUCUCGUGCAGCUCCCGUAUAUGAAAGAAACCUCAGGGCCAAAGGCCCAGCUGUAGUGAGUCUUCAUAGGAGACUUACUUUGUUUUUUCGGCUUUAGUCCCAGAAUCCUCCAGGCUUUGCAACCCUGGCCUCCAGUUCGUGUCCCCAUUCUUAGGCUUGCAGGGCCUUUGCGUGCAUUUGGGAGCUAAGCUUUCCACAGAGGGCACAAUCUUUUACUUUCUUUUGAGCCUAGUUCUUCAUGAGGUUUCUGAUCCGCUAGCCCCAUUCCCUUUGCAGUCAGCUCUGGCAAACUUUACCUUUGCACAUAGGUGCCAGCUUUUAUUUUUCCUUGGGGGUGCUCCAACAUCGCCCCACCUGAGGCCCCAGCCUUCACUCAGCCCCUUCCCACAAGACCUGGCCUUGACACCACCCCCUUCCCCAAGGCCCCGCCCUCCCUCACGUCUUCCUACCCCCACUAUGAUCCCUCCCUUAGCCCCUGCUUGCUGCUCUCCACCCUCCUUGAGCCACUAUUUUUUCCCAUUCUAUUAAUGUGUUAAUCCAUUGGGGUAUGUCUACACUACAGUGCUAAUUCGAACC